UUCACCUGAGAGCAUAAUAAGCAGGUACUCCAGUCGGGCAGCACUGACGGGCCUGGGAGGCCAAACUUCUGUCAAACUUUGGAUUGUUUCUUCAGUUUUAAGGGUCAUAAUGGAGCUCGCGUUCACAACUGUGAGGCUAAAGGUGGCUCUGCUGUUUGUGCUCACGAUCCAGCUGAGGACAGACGCGAUGGAGAUAACGUCCUCGGGGCCGCAGACCAUCCAGAAACCUGUGGGGGUGACGGUCAACCUGGGGUGCACGUACACGCCCAGCCCGCAGGACACGGGACAGCUGGACAUCGAGUGGGUCGACCUCAGCCCGGACAUGACGCAGAAGGACAAACUGAUCUUAUCCUACGCAGGUGGACAGACGCACCAGUACGGCGACGCCAGCGUCUCCAGGAGGAUCAAAUUCACCGGGGACCCGAAGCAGGGAGAUGCCUCUAUCUCUCUAUCAGAUCUGAAGAUCACAGACACGGCCACAUACCAGUGUAAAGUCAAGAAAUCACCGGGUGUUGACAUGCGGAAAGUCACUCUGGUGGUGAUGGUUCCCCCGUCGGCGCCAAAGUGUUGGGUCGAAGGUGGCGAGGAAAAAGGCGGCACCGUCUCCCUCCACUGUGAAUCCUCCCAAGGAUCCAAUCCUCUCUCCUACGUAUGGACGAGGGCAACCGGAGGUGUCAUACCGCCCACCGCAACCCAAGACCCACAGUCUGGCGUUCUGAUGAUAAAGAACCACACAGAUAGCAACGCUGGGCGUUACGUGUGUGAAGCGAAAAACGGCGUCGGCACGGCUCAGUGUAAAUAUGAGCUGCACGCGUACAACCCGACUAAUAAGGUGGGUGUGAUCGUCGGGGCGGUGAUCGGCGCUCUGCUGCUGCUGCUCCUCCUGCUGUUUCUCAUCUGGCUCCUGAUCUGCUGCUGCCACAAGCGCCGCUACGAGAAAGAGAUCUCCAACGAAAUAAGAGAGGACACCGCGGCCCCGGACAGCCGCCCCGGCAGCAGAGCCUCCAGCAUCCGAGCCUCCAGCAUCCGCUCGGUGCUGGGCUACCGCACGCACCACGGCGUGAUCUACAGCUCGGUGAGGAAGCCGCUGCAGAGUGUCAUCUACACGGGAGGGAAGAACGGCACGCCAACCGCCACAGGAACCAGAGCGGCACCCCUCCAGUAUGACCAUAAAUACGGAUACGCGGUGUAGCCGCAGCCAGGACUAUGCCGAGUAUAAAAAAUGAAGAAUUCUAGACUUAUUGAGUAAGAGUCUUGUAAAUAAUAAUCUUAUGUACAGUAUGCUUGUGACAAAUGGUGCAAUACAAUAUAUUUAAAUGGAGAACUACCAGGGAAAAUCUGACCUCAGCCCUUGUGCAAGCGUAGCACAACGGCGCUGUUGUAAUUCUUAUAAUCACAGUCACUUUUUACACAGAUGUAACUGUUUUUAAAUGUACA